GAGGGCAGAGAUCGGUGUGGUUGGCGAAAUACAGCGGUGACAAGGUUUUUUUCGAACGCAGAUCCGAGUUCACGAAGAACGAGAACUCCAAGAGGAACACGAUUGGCAAGCACGCCGUCUUGGUGAUUUCAUUGGGUGCAAUACAAGAGACAACAGCUGCUCUCCGAGCAAUUUUCCCGUACUAAUCUAACAACUACCAUAACAACAACUACAACUACAACAACAGCGGCGACUGUUGUUGUGCUGUUCCUCCAGCUGCUCCUCAGUCAAGUCUCAAGUCGCCAUCCAAGUGUUGUUCAGAAGCCGGUUGUAGCUCGCUCUUGCAAGUUCAUACAUAUGGAGUUAAGAAAAGCUCUCGGACGUUGUUAGUAGCACCAAACAAAUUGCCUUAAGUACUAGUGUCUCAGUAUAUGUGAUUGGCAAUAUCCGCGAGCCACACUUCCGAAUCUUUGGUGUGAUUGCGAUCAGACUGGUUGGAACAAAUUGGUUCCACAACAAGAUAGGACAUCAACAAAAUACAGUGUAUUGUUAUUAUUAGCCAACAUAUUUAGUGAUCUUCAUUGCAUGGUGCAACAUUCCCACAUUUCAUUAUAUUUACAAUUCAAGGUGAAAUGAUCCGAACUUGACCAUCAUGCCUCAACACAGAAGUACCUACAACAAGAACGGGAUCAACUCAAUAAGUUCAGGGUUGAACAAAGAAGAACUCCUUGACAAAUAUCUCAAGGAAUUCCGGGUGGAACAAUGUCCCUUGUUCCUUCAGCAUAAGUGUCAACAACAUAGGCCCUUCACUUGUUUCCAUUGGCAUUUCCAAAACCAACGCCGAAGAAGACCAAUUCGGCGAAGGGAUGGAACCUUCAACUAUAGUGCGGAUGUGUAUUGCUCCAAAUACGAUGAGACCACCGGACUUUGUCCCGACGGAGACGAAUGUCCGUAUCUUCAUCGAACCGCAGGCGACACCGAGCGUCGAUAUCACCUGAAGUACUACAAAACUGGCAUGUGUGUCCACGACACCGACAACCGAGGUUAUUGCGUCAAAAAUGGUCCCCACUGUGCUUUCGCACAUGGCAACAAUGAUCUCAGACCACCUGUCUACGAUAUUAGGGAAUUACAAGCAAUUGAGAACGGGGAAGUGGACCCCGUGAUUGGGUUGAAUAGUUUGGACAAGGAGAGAAGCAUGGUGAACGAUGAUCCCAAGUGGCUGGACACCACAUUCGUGUUGGCCAAUUACAAAACCGAACCCUGUAAGAAACCACCGCGAUUGUGCCGCCAGGGUUACGCUUGCCCACAAUAUCACAACAACAAAGAUAAGCGAAGGAGUCCAAAGAAAUACAAAUACAGAUCCACCCCAUGUCCGCAAGUGAAAUCCGGGGAUGAAUGGGGCGAUCCCGUGGGUUGUGAUUCGGGCGAUGGUUGUCAGUAUUGUCACACCCGUACCGAGCAACAGUUCCACCCUGAGAUCUACAAAUCCACCAAAUGCAACGAUAUCCAGAACACCAGCUACUGUCCUCGGGGAGCAUUUUGCGCCUUUGCUCACAUCGAACAAGAAACCGUAAGUUUGGAGAGUCCCUCGCCGGAAAAUGGGCACAACUUGGGUGACAUUUUGUCUCAUGCUCUACCCAACAGCGAAGACACGUCAAAGAAUGGAUCGGUCAAUCACGGAGGUCGCAUGGACCUGCAUGAUAUGAAUUCCGAGUUAAAUGGCACUUUCGUGGCACGCGGAGCCAUGAUGAGAAAUGGAUCGAUUACGCCACCUUUUGAAGAAAACGGCAUCGCCAGUCCCAUUGAAAGCAACAAGCAUCAUCUCGGCCAAUCUGGAACCGCGGCCCAGAUGGAGAAUGGAGCCAAUUCCAGUAUUAACAAUCUCAGUUCCAGUAUGGACUCGGCCAUGGGCCCACCCCCUCCCCUUCCAAAUUCCACCAACAACGGUUUUGUGAACAACGGCAAUCCUGGGGCCAAUCUCAGUCACAACAAGAAUCGCUUCUUGAGCGGAGACUUGACCAGUCGCGAGGCAUUAAUUCGACGACAGAUGUUUUCCAUAGAAAACAAUCCCAAUCUGUCCCAAAUGGAAAAGGUUCAGCGAAAAACGAGCUUGAUGCUAGAGGUGACGAGCUCCAAUGGAACCAAUCCCACCACCUCGAGCAACACUACUUUCGCCAAUGGAUCCUUAUUCUCAAGUUUCAACAACGCCGAGUCUCUCGAUUCGAUUGGUGCUGCGUUCGAAGACCUCUCUGUGGAUCCGUUUGAAGGGAGCAAGAGUCGGAAAUCCUCCGGUUUCAGUGAGACUUGCACUACCAAGAGCCGUCAAUGCAGUGGUUAUGACUUGUCUUCCGGACCCAAUGGAGGCGGGAAUAAGUCGCGUAACUGCAGUGGCAACUCCAUUACACAAGGCAUCAGUGGAAUCCUGAAUGGAUCCAAUCCGGUGAUGAUUCCCGGAUCAGGAGGCAAAAUUUCACCCAGCGGGAACUCGCCUCUUAUGCACACCAACGGCAUUGGACUUGAAAAUGGGCAUGAAAACAAUACUACUUCUUUGGGCAUGAAUCAACUUGGCUUGUUCGACCUGACGUCAGCCAAUAACAAUUGCCAUGGCUCUCCGAAAUCCAACUCCUCGAUUGAUCACCAGAAGGAUCUAGAGAUCGCGAGGCUGAGAGAGGAGCUCCAGGAGACUCGGAACCGAUUGGCAUCUUGGGAUGAGGGCAUUCUCCAAGCACGGAACGCAUGUGAGGCCUGGAAGAAGGAAUCCGCAAUUGCCACGAAGAAAGCCGAACUCGCGCAAAGAGAUCGGGAAUCGGCCUUGCAAAAGGCGGUCCAAUUCCAAAAGGAGGUGGAAACCCUCAAUGGAGGACCCUACCUUCAUGCCAUUAAGAGAGUGGAUGAGCUUAAAGCACUUCCUCCGGGUGUCCUCAAGGCCCUUGAAUGGCAGUUGAGGAAGGACCUACAGGAAGUCGAGAAAACGCUAAGGAUGAAUGAGGCCAAUAACCAGUGGGUAUCUGGCUCUAAUAACUCUACACACAACCGAUUAUUUGAUUUCUCCACCCCGACGAGUGAUAUGUGGGGAAGUGGUGGUGGUCUUGGUUUAAUUUCACAUCAGCAUCAUCACAUGUUCGGAUCGUUGGCCCAACAAUAAAUGAGAGCGAAAAGCAGAAGAGUAAAUCUAUAUAUACAUUUGAAUCAAUGACCAAAUCAACGAGGAUUCUCAUCGCGAGGCAUGAUGAAUUGAUGAUGAUUUUCCUUAACCUAUCAGAUCACAUGUGGACCUCUUUUACUCUCUUUUUUCUCUUUGCACUUGCUGACUUUGUUGUUGUUGCUACUCCUGCUGCUGUUGCUGUUGUUCUUCACCUUGAAGGAGAAAUCACUCCUCCCGGGCCCAAUUUGGAAUCUUUUUCUACCCGUGUAGUCAUUGUUUACUAGGCUCCUCAACGAACGUCUUAUUAUCAUUAUUAUUAUUAUUAUUAUUGAAACUACUUCUUCUACUAACAACAUCAACAGCAACUAUUACCACCACCACCAUUGCUACUUCAUUAUGAAUACACUAUUUUCUACUUGAACAUCAGGAGCAACCACUCAAAAUUUGUUUUAUUCUUCCCCUUGUCUACGUACACUUCCAGUCAAAAGCAAGCAUACAAAAAGCAAACAUGUUUAGAGUGAUAAGGAUUUUCUAGAUUUUAUAAACCAACCAAAUUUAGUUAUUGCUCUCAAAUCAAUGUUCUGGUCCUCCUUUCAAAUUGGUUCAUCCUCAAAAUCUCUCUAAUACUUAAUGUAUGUUAUAUAUGUAUAUCUUUAUCAGAUGAAAUAUGCCCACACACCAAAAGCCACUAUUGCUAUCAUCAUUAUUAUUAUUAUCAUGGUCGUAUAUUUUUGCAAUGAAAAUAUUACAAUCUUUGUGUUGCUCACAUAGUUGUAAAAUGUCUCGCCAAGAUGAAGCCAAAAUCGCACACAAACAAACAAACACACUUACACUUCUCCUAACAACAACAUCAUCAAUAUCGAUACUUACAUUACAUACACGAAUAUACACCCAACACAGAAAUUGUAUUCACAUCUUAGGCAGAGUGGGUCUUUGUACUUCAGCUAAUAUAUCGUACUUGUAAUUAAUAUCCCUUCAAGCUCUCAUACAAUAACCAAUCAAUCUAGCAAUGAGGUCUGAACCAUCACUAAAUAGUCAUUCUAUCCAUAGAAUUCGUUUUCCAUAUCUUUGACCUUUCCCAAUUACUCCUUCUUUCCAACAUGCGGGAUUGAUGAAAUGCUAUCAGAAUGAAAAAAAGAAAAUGCAAUUUCCACCCUUAUUCACUUCAUCUGUACUUCUUCUUCUUGUAUCAUUAUUCAACAUUUAUACUAAUAUUAUUAUCCAUAGAAUUCGUUUUCCAUAUCUUUGACCUUUCCCAAUUACUCCUUCUUUCCAACAUGCGGGAUUGAUGAAAUGCUAUCAGAAUGAAAAAACGAAAAUGCAAUUUCCACCCUUAUUCACUUCAUCUGUACUUCUUCUUCUUGUAUCAUUAUUCAACAUUUAUACUAAUAUUAUUAUCUUUAUCACAACUACCACUAAGAUGACCUCCUUUCUUAUUUCGAAAUUUGGAACUCCCUCCCAAAUGAUUUUGAACCACCACUCGCUUAAGCGAUCUUAGUCAAAUUUUGUUUCUCUUUUAGACAUCUUGAAUAUUUUUUGGGAGACCUUGUACUUUCACGUUUUCAUGUGUUUUCCUUCUUAUAUUCGCCCCAAUUUGUAGUCUCUUCCAAUUCGUAAAGACAACUGGAAAAAUGGUCGCCUGGGUGACGCUGAUUUUGUUGCACCCAGUUCAAGUCUGUUCUUCCUUCAUUGUGUUGUAAACAAACCCUAGUUUUUCUCGUCAUUUUAUGUAUGUUCCAAAUAGAAUAACUUUGUAGUCACUAUUAAUUAUGAAUCGUAUUCAAAUGGAAAUAAAAGACAUCAAAAUCCAC